UUCUGGAAUCGUGGGACAGUUUGCAUGAUUUCAGUGCCUGUGAAGUUUAAGCAGCGCAGAGUGAAGGCUAUUUACAAACUGAAAAAAAAUCAACAGUCAGAGACUGAGAUAGCCUGCAAGCAGAUAUCCAUAAGAUAAAAAUAAUGGGGUUUCUGUUCAACAGUUCUACUAUUUUGAUUGUAUGCUCUGUGUUUGGAUUUUCUCCAGUCCUAAGCCAGGACCUAAAAGAAAGAGAUGCUUUUUGUAAUUCAGAGGGCUGCUUUGUGAUCUACUUUGAACGUAAAAUCUUUCUAGACUCAUGGAGGUCCUGCAAAAAAUAUGGUGGAAAUUUGGCUACUGUCAAGCGCAAAGAGGAGGCAAGCGCUAUAGCCACACUCUUCUCUACCCUAGACGUUCGGGGGUCCCGCACCGAGGUCAGUGUAUGGAUUGGCUUGCAGCGUCAACCUCGUCAGUGCAGCUCACAUCCACUGAGAGGCUUCUCUUGGACAACUGGUGAUCAAGACACAGAGUAUACUAACUGGCAAAGAGAGGACUCUCCUAGCAUGUGUUUGGUACCUCGCUGUGUGGCUAUGGGCUAUAGCACUCAAGAACACAGUGAUAACUUCAUGUGGAUUGAUGGUUCAUGCUCUGUCCCUGUCGAUGGAUAUCUUUGCCACUUUGCUUACAAAGGAAUGUGUUUGGCCUUGAGGAAUGAGGGUUCAGCAAAUAUCCUUUAUGCAACACCUUUUAACCUUCUGAGCACAAUCCUAACUCAUGUACCAGUUGGAUCAAUUGCCAAUAUACCCUGCCACUCAAAUAUUGAUGAAAACAAGCCAGUUUUGUGUAUCCUGAGAAAAAAUGGGUCAGUAGCAUGGUCUCAUGAACCCCCAUUUUGCUCAAUUCCCUCUAUUUCACACCAUUUGUGUGAGCAGGAUCAUGGUGGAUGUGAACAUUUCUGCAGACAAGCUGGUGGUAAAAUCUUCUGUGACUGUGCUGAGGGUUUUCAUCUCAGAUAUGAUGGACAGACUUGUGAGCCUGAUGUUUGUCAAGGGGACCCCUGUGAGUUUGAGUGCCUCCCUCUUUCAGAUGGCUAUCGCUGUGCCUGCCCUGAUGGAUACAUGCUUGCACCAGAUAAACACAUUUGUCUAGAUGUAGAUGAGUGUAUUCAGGGUAAUUGUCAACAUCUCUGUGAGAAUUUGCCAGGGACAUUUAAAUGUCAGUGCAGGGAAGGUUAUUUUCUCAAUGACAAGGGGGUAUGUGAGGAUAUAGAUGAGUGCGUGAAUAACUCAUGUGACCAUUCUUGUGAAAACAUUCCAGGCUCCUAUACCUGCCACUGUCAUCUGGAUUUUUCAGUUGACAGUGAAGAGCCCAGGCGAUGCCAAGAUAGUGAUGAGUGUCAGAUUGUUGGGAUCUGUGAGCAGAUGUGUGUGAAUUAUUUAGGAGGUUUUGAGUGCAUCUGUAAGGAAGGCUAUGAACUUUCAUCUGAUCAUUCCACAUGUCAGAAAAUAGAAGAUCAGACUAGAUCUGUCACACCUCCCCUUUUGCACUCUCCCCAGCCUGAACCUGGACGGGAUCCUGUUAUGUAUCCCUGGAACCCAGAGCCAAGCACCGACCACUGGCCAGUAAAUCUGGACCAACAUUUGGACUGGCUGGCCAAUCCAUCAACAGUUUCUAAUCCUGAUGUAAUCUGGCUCACCACUGCCUUACAGGAUAAACCUUCCCACAAUUCUGUGACACAAGGAUCUGAGGAAGAUAAGGAAAAAGUAGAUGUCCUUGAGCAGGAGGAGAGAUCUCAGUUUGAAGUAAAUGUUUUAUCUACCCAAACUAUACUUUUUCCCACCUCUAUCUUAAGCACUAUGUCAGACUGGUAUGUAGAUGAAGAAGAAGCUACAACAACUAUAACAUUCCAUUCCACAUCUACAAUCUCAGAGGGAGCUUGGAAUUGGUCGCCAGGGUUUUCUACUUCCACUCAUAGUUUAGAAAAUCCAAUAGUACCAGAUACAGAUUCAGCUAUAAUAAAGGAAAUAGAGCAGGAACAGUACUCUCCACGUGACUACUCCCAGUUCCCAGGACAAGAGUCUGGAAAAGAGGAAAACAAUUAUGUGGAUAUUACACACUCUCAAGGCGCUGCUGUUCCCACAGAAUUUAGUACACCCAAGCCACUUCCCCCAUUCCUGGAUGAGGAUGGGGGAAGUGGAGACAACAUGGAUUCUGUCCAAGAAGACAGGGAGCUUAAACAGAGCAACAUCGGACUGCUAGUUGGCUUGUCUGUGUUCAUCUGCUUCUUCAUUUUUAUGAUGGUGGCAUUGGGUAUUUUCUACUGCACUCAUUGUGGUGUGAAGCCAAGAAACAAGAAUGCCACUGAAUGCUACCACUGGAUCUCAUGUGCACAUGAUAAACAAGGUGCACCUAGUCCAUCAACAGGGGACAAGACUGCUGUUUAAAUAAUGAAGACUGUUUGAAUAAUGAAGAGAGAAACUGAUAUUUGAACUGAGAAACUGUUUUAGUCCUAGACAAAAGAGAAGUAAAGAAGGCACAAUUUUUUAGGUUAAUAAAUUCUGACUGAAAAAGCAACUUUUUGAUCACAUUGCAUUUCUGAUGUUACAAAUCCAUUCAUUAUUGUAUAAGGUGAUGAAAAAUCAUUGACAAUUUAAUAUUGAGAUUUCUAAAUGCCACAAACUGACUGUUAUAUAUACUAAGAUUUUCACUAUAACAGCUAGAAUCAAUAAUGCAGAGUUGAAAUUUUUGAGUUCUCGUUUUUAUUUUAAUUGUCCACAAAAUAUUUUACAGCAACUAUCUUGAUGUUUUUCAAAUGUUUAUAUUGACUGUAAACAAAUGUAUCUUGAGGAGUAAAACAACUUCUCAGAGCAAUGAUGAUGUGAGGACAUAAGCUUACCAGUUGGAGUUUAACAACUUUUGUUGACUUCUUCACAGAACAUUGCCAGUAUUAUGGUUUUUGAAAUGUUUCAGUUAUGGAGUUUUGAUGAAAAUUCAAUCUGGAAGACUCACCUCCACCACCAGCUCCGUCCUAUGACUCCAUAAUGUGUCUCCGCUCCAACCAAUCAGCAUCAAGUCUGCAUUCCUCCUCAGCCAAUCACCCUUCAAGGCUUCGCUUUUAAUGACCUCCAACCAUGGAUCUUUAAGAUGUUAAGGUUCAAAUGAGGUGGUAUAGUGUUUGUAUUUUACUAGGUUUAGGAAUACUUGUUAAGCUCUUGUAAUUGUUAUUAAUUUUUACAUCUCCCCAAAAUUGUUUUGUGAAAAUUUAGAAAUAAUUGUGCCUGUAUGCAAGCUUUCUUAAAUGCCAUCUUCUGGUGUGGUUUUAUAUGCUCAGUAAGAGACAGAUCAUGUUAGAAAUCUAAAAUGCAUUGUAGAGUUAAAUGUCUUUCUGAUAUUACAUUUGAAUAUUGCUUAAACUGUUGUCGAUGCGGAUAAAUUGCGAGAAAUAUUAAAAUCCACUGUAUGUGUAUAUUUAGUACAAACAGAAUAUGAAGAUUUGUUGAAAAUCUAGAUUUUUUUUACAGUGGAAAUAUACCUACCAACUCAUUGCCUUUACCUUUGUACUAAAAAUUACAAACCAGAUUUUACUGGUUAUCAUGGAGACUGCAUGGUAUACCACAAACUAAAGGCAAACCUUAUCUUAAAAUUUUUACAUUUUAAAGUAAACAUAAAUAUAAGUAAAAUUAAUUCAUUAUGUGGUCAAAUUUAGCUUGGUUUUGUCUGUUUGAUAGCAGACUCUCUUAUGUAAAGCAGUGUGUUAAUUAUUGUCAUUCACUUUGAGGCAGUGAUGGAUUGCUGGAGGUCUCUUCCUGUUAAAAGAGAGUUUUUCAUUCCACUGUCGCUAUAUGCAUGCUCAGUAUGAGGGAUUGCUGUAAAGUCAAUGCAACCGACUGCCCACUGUCACUACAUGCUCAUCCAGGCGGAGUGAAUGCUGCAAGUCACCGACUCGUUGCAAUCUGCUGAGUUCUCUUAGAUAGAAAAUUUUUUUAUCAAUUUGAAUAAUUAACUGAAUCUGACUUGACAGUUUGAUAGUUAGAAUUAUUUGGAAUGUAUGUACCCAACUUGAAAUCUGUAAGUUUCGACUGAACUAACUUUGUAGAGUCCCUUUAGACGACAUGUGUUGUGAAUUGUCCCUAUAUAAAUAAAACUUAAUUGAAUUGAAUUAAUUUUAA